UAUAAGGUACACCAUGAUGAUAUGAUUAAGUCUACUUUAGGUAAGUCGACUUGUUAUGAUAACGAAAGAAAAUGAACUGUACCAGUUGUCUACGUAAGCUUAUUUUUCUGACAUAAGUUAAUGCAACAUUAUUUUAAAAUAUGCCAUGCCGACGUAUGCUAUGUCAGCUUAUCCACAUAAUUUGUACAUCCUUCUUCCCUGACUUACCUAGUUCUUAUAAGCAUGUUGAUAAAAUCUUUUUAUCUCAUUCCUAUAUAAAUAUUUUUGUCAAAAAGAAAUAAGUCGACUUAACGUGAUAGUCGAGCAUCUGGAAUAUAUAUUUCCCCUACUUGAACAUUUAUUUACAGCUUUGCGUCAUAACCUACGACGACAAAAAACUGCUUUUUAUAAUGCUUCUUACCCCAUAGGAUACUUACCGUCUGGCAAAACGGAAGUUAUGCAACGUAUACAGGUAUGCCUUUUCUUGGCCUUGUCGCUAUUCGAAUCGACUGAAGCGGUUCUUCAAAAUGGACAGAGAGAUGCAUUGAUUUCUUGUUAUCAUCGACAAGGUUAUUCCCAUUUAGACAUAUGUGGAUUCUUAUUAUUGGUGCACAAUACUGUUGUCAGCUUAAGUCAAAUGAAGCGGAUACUCAGAAGGUUAGGACCGAAAAGACGCGGUGCUUCUUCUCCUUUACGAGAUGUAAUACGCGAGAUUCGUGCAGUAUAUAACAGAGGAUUUGCUGACUGUGGUUAUAAAACAAUAUGGAAAAUAGUAAACACAACAACAAAUGUUAAAGUUACACAAGAAACAACAAGACUUGUCUUAAAGGCUAUUGAUCCUGUAGGUGUUACUUUGAGAUCUGCACAUCGCUUACGUCGCCGAACUUAUAUCAAUAAAGGUCCCAACUUUGCUAUACACAUUGAUGGCUACGAUAAGCUGAAACCUUUUGGCGUCGCUAUUCACGGAGCCAUUGAUGGAUUUUCUAGAUAUAUUUUAUGGUUAGAAGCAUGCCACUCAAAUAAUGACCCCCGAAUAAUCGCUGGCUUCUUUGUCAAUUUCCUUAAACGUACAGGUCGCGUUCCGCGUCUUAUACGUUCUGAUGCAGGGACUGAAAACGUGACUGUACGUGAUUUACAGACAGCAUUAAGGUAUGACGAUGGAGAUAACAUGUCUGGAAUAAACAGUUUUAUCACUGGAAGGUCAACAGCUAACCAAAGGAUCGAACGUUUCUAGGUCAAUUUAAGACAUGGUUUUACAGUGUCCUGGAGGAACUAUUUCAAAGAUAUGGUCGAACGUGGUUUGCUAAGGACCGAUGAUCCUGUGCAUUUAGAGUGUUUAAGAUAUUGCUUCUUACCAUUAAUUCAACGUGACUUAGACAGCUUCACGCGAGUAUGGAACUUGCAUCGAAUUCGACAGCAAAGGCACACGGAGGUACCAAGUGGUAUACCGACUGUGAUGUACUACCAGCCAGAAGCAUAUGAAACGCGAGAUUAUUCAUAUCCUCUCCCUUGUGAUAUGCAAACAAUUAAUUGUUUGCAAGAGAUAUAUACUGUAAGGAAACCUCAGUUUGGAUGUUCAGAUGAAUUUAUCCCGAUUCUGGAAUAUGUGUGUGAAAUCCCGAGACAAGAGCUGCCUGUUCCAAAAACAGUUCAAAGUGCCACUUCUCUGUUUCAAGCCUUGACCGAAAAACUAGAUGAAUAUUAAUAACUUGACACUUGACUUUGGAAAAUCCAAUAUAUUUAACGUUUUCGCCUUGAACAGUAAGUGCUAAAUGCCAUUGCCUGGAAGUUGGAAACUGUAUAAGGUCGUCCUUUGUUUCACUUCAGUGUAUUAAUGAUUAUGGUCAUUCUUGGACCUUAAAUUGUCUGAAAACAUUGAUAUUAAAGCCUUGCAUUUGAA